AAAGAGGAGGAUUUGACGCAGGAAGAGAAUGCAAGUGAGGACGAAGGGUCUGAUAAAAGCGUAUAUGAAGAAGAUGAGGAUGUUGAAGAAGACUUAGAAUCAGACGGAGAGGGAAGUAAGAGGGAAGAACAAAAUGAAGGUUCUAAAGCGCUUUUACUUUUUCAAGAGGAAGGUGUGCAUCAACGGGACCUGAGGAGCCAACAGUCAUCAGCCAAAGAGAAGCAAGCCGUGGCAGGGAGCAUUGAGCCGAGUCCGGACAAACAAGCCCAUCGAAGGGCCAAGGAGGAGACCGAGUUGGAUGGGCCUGACAUGGUAGUCAAACCCGUAAUAAGUCUGCAACAGUUCUUGGCCAGCCACGAGUUUGUGUCCAGCUGUUGGGCCAACUCAAGGCUACUUCGUGCUGAUGACUCCGUUACGAGAAGUACUCUUCUGCUGCAAGAGCAAAGGCAAGGUGACCUCUUCCAGCUGGCUUCGAAACUUGACGGCCAGACUUGCAACCAAGGGCCUGUUAAAGUUUAUCUACCUUAUUACAGUUAA